GGUGUUCGAUCUGGCCGAGCUCAACAUCAGACAUCAGGUGAUCAGUGGGCAUACUGAUUCUCUGAAUUCCUGAACGGAUCAGGGAGUUGCCGUGAGUUGAAGAGCAGAACAUUAUCCCGGUGGUCCCGUCGAACUAAAUGGCAGCGAUGGGCGACUCUCUGAAUCUGGAGAGAGACAUCCAUCGAGCUGUCGAAUUGCUCCAGAAGCUCCAGCGUACCGGAGCCGGUGGUGAAAAGCUUGCCGCGCUGGAACAGGUCUUGAGUUCGGAAUUCUUGGCCGCCGUGCUCCAGGUCUACGAGCAAGUCUAUCGGACCGCUGAUAUGGGUUCAGGUCCGGCGGCUUCGGCUGAUAUCAGAGCGAGUGCCACAGCGAAGGCGACAGUCGCUGCUUUCGCGGCUUCCGAGGGCAGGGCACAGCCACGGGUGGUUCGACUUCCGAGAACCGAGGAGGGUCUAGGAUUCAAUGUCAUGGGAGGGAAAGAGCAGAACUCGGCAAUCUACAUAUCGAGGAUCAUACCAGGCGGUCUAGCAGAACGGCAUGGAGGACUCAGGCGGGGCGAUCAGCUCUUGGCGGUCAACGGGGUUUCGGUCGAAGGGGAGAAUCACGAACGAGCCGUUGAACUUCUGAAGCAAGCACAGGGUACUGUGACUCUGGUCGUCAGAUAUGCGCCCCACAUCCUCGAACAGAUGGAAAUGAGAUUCGACCGACAUCACAAUAAGUGAUUGUUUCACCGCCGAUGAGGCAUCUACGAAUCUCCGUUGGGAUGUUCGUGAGAAUUGUGGCAUCGAAGGAGCGCUGGGACUCUCUCCGGGCUCCGUUUCUCGACUAACCGUGACCAGGGCAGAUAGAGAUCUAUUUGGAAUCGGUCUUGUACAUAGAGCUGUGACCCUCACGGAACAGGAAAGAAUUUCCAUGAAUUGAAUGCAUACAUGAAUACUUAUUGUUCUCAACAGUGCGAAUCACUCGUCUCCUCAAGACUACCACGAUUUUCGAGUCGUACUAAAGAUCACUGAUUUAUGGAUCGUCAGACACAGCACUCUAGCCGAAUGCAGAAGCCAUACUGUUAGCAUGAUGUGACAUGUUGAUGAAUUGUCUUACAAUAUACACG